AUGUGGCAUGCGGCAUACGACAUGUGGCAUGCAGCAUACGACAUGUCGCGUGCGGCAUACGACAUGUGGCAUGCGGCAUACGACAUGUCGCGUGCGGCAUACGACAUGUCGCGUGCGGCAUACGACAUGUCGCGUGCGGCAUACGACAUGUCGCGUGCGGCAUACGACAUGUCGCGUGCGACAUACGACAUGUCGCGUGCGACAUACGACAUGUCGCGUGCGACAUACGACAUGUCGCCUGCGGCAUACGACAUGUGGCAUGCGGCAUACGACAUGUGGCAUGCGGCAUACGACAUGUCGCAUGCGGCAUACGACAUGUGGCAUGCGGCAUACGACAUGUCGCAUGCGGCAUACGACAUGUGGCAUGCGGCAUACGACAUGUCGCGUGCGACAUACGACAUGUCGCCUACGGCAUACGACAUGUGGCAUGCGGCAUACGACAUGUGGCAUGCGGCAUACGACAUGUCGCGUGCGACAUACGACAUGUCGCGUGCGGCAUACGACAUGUGGCAUGCGGCAUACGACAUGUCGCGUGCGGCAUACGACAUGUCGCGUGCGGCAUACGACAUGUCGCGUGCGGCAUACGACAUGUCGCGUGCGGCAUACGACAUGUCGCGUGCGACAUACGACAUGUCGCGUGCGACAUACGACAUGUCGCGUGCGACAUACGACAUGUCGCCUGCGGCAUACGACAUGUGGCAUGCGGCAUACGACAUGUGGCAUGCGGCAUACGACAUGUCGCAUGCGGCAUACGACAUGUGGCAUGCGGCAUACGACAUGUCGCAUGCGGCAUACGACAUGUGGCAUGCGGCAUACGACAUGUCGCGUGCGGCAUACGACAUGUCGCGUGCGACAUACGACAUGUCGCCUACGGCAUACGACAUGUGGCAUGCGGCAUACGACAUGUGGCAUGCGGCAUACGACAUGUCGCGUGCGACAUACGACAUGUCGCGUGCGGCAUACGACAUGUGGCAUGCGGCAUACGACAUGUGGCAUGCGGCAUACGACAUGUGGCAUGCGGCAUACGACAUGUCGCAUGCGGCAUACGACAUGUCGCAUGCGGCAUACGACAUGUCGCGUGCGACAUACGACAUGUCGCCUGCGGCAUACGACAUGUCGCCUGCGGCAUACGACAUGUGGCAUGCGGCAUACGACAUGUCGCAUGCGGCAUACGACAUGUGGCAUGCGACAUACGACAUGUGGCAUGCGGCAUACGACAUGUCGCAUGCGGCAUACGACAUGUGGUAUGCGGCAUACGACAUGUGGCAUGCGGCAUACGACAUGUCGCGUGCGGCAUACGACAUGUCGCGUGCGACAUACGACAUGUGGCAUGCGACAUACGACAUGUGGCAUGCGGCAUACGACAUGUCGCAUGCGGCAUACGACAUGUGGUAUGCGGCAUACGACAUGUGGCAUGCGGCAUACGACAUGUCGCGUGCGGCAUACGACAUGUCGCGUGCGACAUACGACAUGUCGCCUGCGGCAUACGACAUGUGGCAUGCGACAUACGACAUGUGGCAUGCGGCAUACGACAUGUCGCAUGCGGCAUACGACAUGUGGUAUGCGGCAUACGACAUGUGGCAUGCGGCAUACGACAUGUCGCGUGCGGCAUACGACAUGUCGCGUGCGACAUACGACAUGUCGCCUGCGGCAUACGACAUGUGGCAUGCGGCAUACGACAUGUGGCAUGCGGCAUACGACAUGUCGCGUGCGACAUACGACAUGUCGCCUGCGGCAUACGACAUGUGGCAUGCGGCAUACGACAUGUGGCAUGCGGCAUACGACAUGUCGCAUGCGGCAUACGACAUGUGGCAUGCGGCAUACGACAUGUCGCGUGCGGCAUACGACAUGUCGCGUGCGACAUACGACAUGUCGCCUGCGGCAUACGACAUGUGGCAUGCGACAUACGACAUGUGGCAUGCGGCAUACGACAUGUCGCCUGCGACAUACGACAUGCCGCCUGCGACAUACGACAUGUCGCCUGCGGCAUACGACAUGUCGCGUGCGGCAUACGACAUGUCGCGUGCGACAUACGACAUGUCGCCUGCGGCAUACGACAUGUGGCAUGCGGCAUACGACAUGUCGCCUGCGACAUACGACAUGUGGCAUGCGGCAUACGACAUGUCGCCUGCGACAUACGACAUGCCGCCUGCGACAUACGACAUGUCGCCUGCGGCAUACGACAUGUGGCAUGCGGCAUACGACAUGUCGCGUGCGGCAUACGACAUGUCGCGUGCGGCAUACGACAUGUGGCAUGCGGCAUACGACAUGUUGCAUGACAACAAAUAA